ACUAGGACGUUCUGCUUUCUAUCAUAUUUGACCAGUCAGAAUUUUAAUGACGUAGUAAACAAGUUUAGUUUGUGAUUGAACAAUGGUGACUGUUCUAUUGACCAAUUAAUGCUUUUCUCCUCGGCGGGAGAUCGUCGCCUAGGAACGCCCGUUUCCGGCGCGAACGGCGAGGUUUCGAAUAAAAGGCGCGAUUCAAGCCUCGAUCGUCAUUCGCUCGUUGAACUUGGACUAGAACUUUUAUAAUGAAGAUCCUAUUUUUAACUUCGCUCUUGGCGAUGCUCGCUGUCGGAAUAUUAGCUUGCGAACUACCCGAGAGACCCAAAUUUGGCCGAAUGCGUUGCAUCAACACCAAGGCUGGAUUAACUUGCAAAUUUAAGUGCAACUCGUGGGCGAAUAUGAUUGGUCAACCGGUUAUCACGUGUGACAGAUCCAACCAAUGGAAUGCGCCAGUGCCAAUUUGCCACCAUUACUACAAGUGUCGCAAGAAUAACGACAAACGUUGUCCGAAAAUCACUAAAUCGGAUAUGCGGAAGUUCCGAGAACAUAGAAAUUUACUGAGCAAGGCGCAAAUAGAGGCGAUUCAAAGAGUUGAGCUCACUUACGCCAGCUUGCGGACGGUUCGCACCAUGAACAAAAAGUUCUGUGUUCCUGAUAUGUGCCAUUUUUACUGCCCUAACCUUUUACAUCGUAAAUUGGCAAAUCGAUGCAGAACUUGCAAGAGAAAGAAGAUUAUCAAGUGUAACAAAUAUGGUUCUAUUUUAGGAUAACAAGUGCCACAAUAUACGAAUGCGUAACGUUCGCCAUAGUUUUCCUACUAUACCCUUUUUGCAUGGUAACUAUUACGCGCGUAAGUACUCGCAUAGGCUACUUUACUUGCAAGUACAAAGUUAACACGCAUAACGUCAUAAGCGCGUCAUCUGCUGUAGGAGGUUGGUUGUUACUCGCAUUGUGCGGGUAAGAAAAGUAUGGUGGAAGGACAGUUUCACUUUUAAGAGCCUAAUCUGUUUUAGGAAUUAUUUUUACAGUUUUUAGUUGGUGAUAGACUUUACACACUAAAUAUCAGAAUUUAUAUUAUAAACACGAUUUAACAAUAUUGCGCUAAAAUAAGCUAAUUCAAUUUUGAUACGCGCAUAAACCGAUGACCAUUCAAUAUAACGCCGUUUUCGAGUUACUAAAUGACGACUUUAUGCGCAUCGCUAUUCGCAUAAACAUUUUACCAUGCAAAAAGGGUAUAUGGUAACCAAGAGAAGAGAAUUUGUUUGAUGUAAAAUUAGAAUUUCGAUUAUAUAAGUUUUUUGCAACGUGUUUACUUCCUAUCACCUAUAUUGGAAAUUCGGUGCACUCGGUUAUGUUUGUAUGUUUUUAACACACUGAUGCCGCUUUUUGUAGCAGUGUACAGCUUUAUUAAUUUACGUACAUAUUGCGCACAUAUACGCUGCAUUAUAUUCAAACUAAUUCCGUAGUCGAUUUAACAAUAUUUUAUAACAGCAUAUUUUGUUGUGCAUAACUAUUUCACUUCUAUUUCACUUCGUUUGUCCGCUGUAAUGAUCUGCUGCGUAAGUUUUAAAUAAAACAUUUUUGCUUUAA